CGCACCGUCGCCGUCGCUUUCGUCGCCGCACGUCACAACCGUGCAGUGAUCGCGGUACUCCGUAUACAGACACGCGCCAGUCGCCGCACACACACGAUCGUCAGAGCACGUGUGCGCACGUCCGACGCGAUUCAAACAGGGGCAUAAGAGGGUGCGGACUCGACCGACUCCACGGCAAAUUGGUUGUACAAGGAAUCAUAAUUUGUUAAAAUUAUUUUGUUUGUUUGACAGUGCAAUUUUAAGAUGGCUGAAUUUCGGAAUUAUAAGAAUGAUCAAUCACUUAUAAAGACGAUGUUAAGAAGGAAAAAGGAAUCCGAUUUGAGCACCGAGCCAACGAAAAAUCAACUUAGCCGUGUAUUAGGAUUAGUAGACUUGAUUUCUCUUGGCGUUGGUUCAACACUUGGACUUGGCGCUUAUGUACUAGCUGGAGAAGUGGCGGUUAAAUUUACUGGGCCCGCAGUCGUUUUGUCAUUUGCUUUUGCAGCUGUUGCAUCGGCGCUGUCAGGAUUAUGUUAUGCCGAGUUUGCUAGUCGUGUACCAAAAGCCGGGUCAGCAUAUGCGUUCAGCUAUGUGGGUAUUGGUGAAAUAGUGGCAUUUCUCAUUGGUUGGGAUUUAAUAUUAGAAUACAGUAUCGGAUGUGCUAGCAUUGCAAGAGCUUUAAGUGGGCAUAUUGAUAAACCACUUGGUUAUAAAAUGAGAAGAUAUUUUGAACAAACGUUUCCAAUGAAUGUGGACUUCUUGGCACCAUACCCUGAUCUUUUUUCAUUCGCAUCUAUUCUAAUGUUAACUUUGUUAAUUGCAUGGGGCAUGAGAGAAUCGUCUUUACUUAACAAGAUAUUUACUGUUGUCAACCUGCUUACAGUCGUCACAGUCGUCGUAACUGGCCUGUUCAAAAUCGAUUUUUACAAUUGGAACAUCCCAAAAGAGAAUAUACCACUGAAUGUGAAAGGCGGAGAAGGCGGAUUUUUGCCUUUUGGAUGGUCCGGAGUGUUUGUGGGAGCUGCAACUUGCUUUUACGGAUUUGUCGGAUUCGAUGCAAUAGCCACUACCGGUGAAGAAGCCAAACGACCUACAAGAGACAUACCUUUGGCAAUAGUUAUAUCGCUAUCCAUCAUCACGUUAUCAUAUUGCAGCGUAGCUAUCAUAUUGACACUCAUGUGGCCAUACUAUUACCAGGAUCCGGAAGCUCCCUUCCCACAUAUAUACCAACAGAUGGGAUGGCAUGCGCUCGAAUGGAUCGUUACAAUCGGAGCAGUGUUUGCUUUAUGCACAAAUAUGAUCGGUACACUGUUCCCGUUACCCAGAAUAUUGUACUCCAUGGCAUCUGACGGAUUAUUGUUCCACAUUUUUUCUAAAGUUGAUUCCAAGACAAAAACUCCAUUUUGGGGUACUUUUAUAUGUGGAGCUUUUGCUGCGAUUUUGUCCAGUCUUUUCGACCUUCAGCAGUUAAUGAAUAUGAUGUCUAUCGGUACAUUGAUGGCGUACUCGCUCGUGUGUAUUUGUGUUCUGAUUUUGCGGUACACUAACGAUGAUUCCGAAGAGUGUAAGGUCAGAGACAAUGGCAGGUUUCGUGUAUCCCUCAUGAGACUAUUAUCAUCCAGUUUCAAUCUCCCAAAGUCGCAGAUUACAACAAAAAACACUAGUCGUACCUCCAUCAUAAUUAUUCUGGUUUACCUCGUCGUGUCCAUAUGUUUCUGCUCGUCUGUCUCUAUUGCCCAAGCUGAAGGAAAGUUCAGCAUGGUCACGUAUGCAGCAUGCAGCGUUUCCGGUGUGUGUUUGUUGGUGCUUUGCUAUUCGUUAUCCCGACAACCACAGUCAACAAAUCGCCCUACAUUCCACGUGCCUUGCGUCCCAUUCGUUCCGUGCCUUAGCGUCGUCCUUAACAUCUACCUAAUGACUCAACUGGACACAUCCACUUGGAUACGAUUCACUGUCUGGCUGUUCAUUGGCUUAUUGAUUUACCUGUUCUACGGACUUCGGUACAGCGUGGAACGGUUGAACCAACGGCGGAUGAUGGACGAGACGUAUCUGAAGCAGAUACGUUACGAAAUCCAAGUAUAUUAGCACGGGGGUAGAUGGUGGGUGAUAUGUGAGGGGGGGAUGAAAGUGUAGGAGAGAUUGGGUGUGAAUGUGGGUAAGGGGGAGAGAGACAGACAAAGAUAGAAAGUGAGGGUGAAUGUGUAGUGUGUACAUAUAGUGCGUUUACGUGUGUGUGAACGAAGUAGAAAAAUAUAGAUAACUGAGCGACAGACUACAAUAAUUUCGUUGUACACUACAACACUCCUAUAAUACAUACAUUGUCUUAUGCAUUUUUAAAAAAAAAUUGACUUUCUACCACUACCUUCAAAAUAUAACAGUAUAAACUACACAAAAUGAUCCGAGGACAAUUAUUUCAAAAUGUUUCACAAUGUUAAUAAAAACACCGUCGUCAUCGAUCAUCGUCAUCAUCAUCGGCGACGCUAGUGAAUCUCCGAAACUAUUAUUAACAUUUUGUUUAUUUGUUUGUUUGUUUUUUUUUAUAUCAUGGCAGUUAUAUUUUUACUCAAACAACGUUGUAUAAUUUUGUUCAAAUAAGCGUCUCAAACGUAAUGUUUCGCAUUUUUUUUCUAAAUGUCUAAUGUCAAAAUACACCUGUGGCUUCUUUUUGUUUAAAAGAGUUAUCUAUCUGUCCUAUUUUUUUUUAAAUUUAUUUAUAACAUUCAUUUUUAUUAUGUACAUUUUUGUUUAAUAUACGAACUAAUGACUCGAUCAA